AUUGAAAUACUUUAUAUUUGCAGCACUUAUUAUUGUAUUUUUAUUAUAUUUGGUAUAUCUGAUUUAUAAGAUUAUAACAGAUUUUCCAACUAAAUCAACCGGAUAUGUUAUAGUUAAUGAAAUAGAUGUUCCUGCAAUCAAUCUUGGUAGCCAUCGAAAUUCCUGCAAUACAUUCAAGGCAAACAAAACCAUCAAAUAUACAAAUACUGAUAGCUCAUUAGAUGGUUUGAGACAGAUUGGUUUUUAUUUUAAUAUUCCAAACAUAAGUAUAGAAGAAACGACCGAUAUCGGUAUUGCCUCUCUUUCUAUACAGCUGAUUUCACCUAAUUUCAAUCCACUGCUAAAUCCAAAACAAGUUAAAAGUGAUAUGGACAAGGCCAUUUUGUCAAAUUUGCAGCUUCAAUGGAAUUUUGUUGCUGGAAUGGCCAAUUAUGUUGCAUUGGUUAAAUUUAGUUCAAUUGCAUAUAAGACCAUUCUUCCGGGAGAUGUUCAUGCAAUAAUCGGGUUGACACCAAAUUAUCAUGUUACUUAUUCUUUAGAAAGUGAUGCCCAUUAUUUUCCUUUUAACACUAACCCAUCAGGAGUACCAAAUGGGACAACUGGCUACUUUUCUGUAGCUGCUAGUUGGUUUAAAAUGUCACCUGACAAUAUGAUUAAAUUUAUACCUGACAAUACGAUUGAAAUUGCACCUGAAAAUAUGAUAAAAAAUGAAAAAUAUGAUGAAUAUUAUGAAUAUGAUGAAUAUGAUGCUACUAAUAGCAUUACGAAUGUUACAGAUAACAUUUUGAGACGUCUUGCUUGA